UCGAUAAAGUUAUCGCUGGAAUUAGCCUCCCGGCUGCACAAUGCCAAUUAGCCAAUUAAGUUGUCAUUAGAAGAUUUUCAGCGGAGCAACAAUAAGACACAAUACUGGUAUUCCGGUUGGUUCCGGCAUUUCCCUGAGUGAACACGGUAAACCGUAAAUCACACACAUUUACCAUGCUUUAAUCUCAAGUCUCACAUGAAGCUGUAUCCAUUUCAUAAAAUUCAAACAUAGUAAACGUUUAAUUUUAUUAAUAAAUUUCUUUUUCUAAUAAUUAGAUUUUUUAGGCACUACUGCACAGUAGUUACUGUAUGUCAGUCCACAAAAUUAAUUAUAUACGUAUUUUUUAAAAUGUUGUGGUUGUACAGAAAGUCGUUCGAUUAUUUGCCGUUUACAUUAUGCCUUAAUGCACCGCUUUUAUCGAUCCUGAUCAGCAGCGCACUGAGUCAGUGCCCGACAUUGCAGUCGGGCAAAUGUUUUGUUGAUUGCACGAAUUCCGACAUCUACCACAUUGCAUGCGAAGACGCCAGAGGUAUCGAACUGUACACUGAUCUGCUGGUGUACAGUCAGUCAUCUCAACAGAUACUGCUCUCGUUAUGGAGCUCACCGUUGGACCAGUUGCCAUCGACCAUUCUCGAGCCGGUAGCCAAUAAGAUGCAGUCACUGGAACUGGACAACUGGGUGCGGCUAAAACUCUUCCCAGAAUUACACGACCAAUACAAACUCAAAAGCCUGCGGAUUAUGAAUAGUCCCAGGCUUAUGGAAAUGCCACUGGAAAUGCUACCCCCACAAAUCGAGAGCAUCGCUUUCUACCGCGUGGGCAUAACCGCGCUCUUCCACGAUUUCGACGAAGUUCCUGCCCUACCGGCCGUUAACGAAUUCAUAUUCGACGGGGGCACUUUGCAGUACAUCCAAAAGCAGUACUUCACCGUGUUCCCCAAUCUGACCACGAUUAAGAUUCGGGGCACGGAGUUUACCAUGGGGGAAUUGUCGCGGGAGAUGAUUAUAACUCUGCGCCCGCUGAAGAAGCUGCACAUUAUUGGCAAUAACUUCCGCACGGUUCCGUUCAGCAAUCGCGAACGGAUGUUGGAGGGGACCAUUAUCUUUGCCUACCUGGAUCAGGGAGCGGACAUGGAUUUUUCCGGCAACCAUCUCCCUGUUAGCCGGAUGGCCGCAGUGAAUUUUGAGGGCAUUCGCAAUACGCGGGUAUUGUCGUUACGAGACAACCGGUUUGAUGACUACAUCUUCACCAGUCGGCUCUUCCACAAUUUCACGAAUCUAGAAACGCUGGAUUUAACCCACACAUUCAUGUUGAAAUCCGUGGCGAGUUUUUCCGGCCUACCGAAGCUGCGAGCGUUGCGCAUUGCCGGCAAUGAGUUCGAAGAGCUGAUCGUCUCGGAUAUCUUUCAAAAUUCCCAAUCCGUCAACCUGGAACUUCUCGACCUGUCCGACAACAGUCUGGUCACUCUGCCGCGCGGUGUACAGCGGGUUGUCGGCAAUCUCCGCGUCCUGAAUCUGGCCGGGAACAAAUUCCAUAUCCCUAGCGUGACCGAUAAUGCCGAAAAGAUUCACGCCACACAGUUCACCAUCUUUCCAAAGUUGCAGACGCUUGAUCUCUCACGUAACAGGUUGACCUCGUUCACCGCAACGUUUCUAAACCAUGUGCAAACCUUAACCACCCUCAAUCUUGGAUGCAACCGUUUUGACGCGAUUCGGAAAGAAUUCUUCAUCGGUUUACCCUUGUCUCUUAAAGUCCUUAAUUUGACCAUGUGCUAUAAUGAAACACGCCUUGCUGUUGAUGUGGACAUGGACGCGUUUUCCACACUCCCGCGGAAUUUAUCAACCCUGAUUCUCGCACAAUCACAGUACUCAAACACUAUCUUUUCCCGCUUCGUACUGGCCAAUAUUCCGAAAUUGCGAGAGCUGGAUUUGAGUUAUAAUUUAAUUACACUGAUCCCGAAAAACAGCAGUGUUCUUGCACCGUUGUUAUUCUUACGGACACUAAAAUUACGCGCAAAUAAACUGCAAACGUUAGGCAACGGUCGCCUGGCAACACUCCAGUUUCUGGUCGAACUGGAUGUGUCGCGAAACGCCCUGGUUUCUAUUGGUCAAGACGACUUUAAGGGUUUAUCCAAUCUUCGCACACUGGCCCUUGCCGGCAACCAGAUUAUGGAUGUGGAUACCGGGUCGUUUAAGCCGUUGCUGAGUUUGGAAAGCUUGUAUUACGGUGAAAAUCGGUUCACCGAUUUCGACAAGAUCUUCUCGGGCGGCGCGACCGUGGGGCGACAGCUGCGACACCUGGGACUGCAGGAGCUGCCGAUUGACUGUGUACCAGCUUCAUUGCUAAUACGCCUCCCGCGGUUGAAGUGGUUGUACCUGAAUUCGUCACGGGCGGUGAACUUCGAAACGGGAUCGUUUCGGCAGCUGAAUAAUUUCAGCAAGAAUACACCGUAUAAGUUAUUUGCCUUCCGCAAACCGAAUCUCCAUGAUAUUGGAUGCGUAUCGUAUGAAUCGUUUGAAGAAGUGUACAGCAGGCCAGCAAAGUUUAUUGUCGCUGACCAGAGCAAUCUCGUCCCACAACAUAUGGUCGUGCGUUUCCCUCGAUGUCAUAUGGAUAUACCAAGGAGGUUGAAGUUUUAUACGAGUCAAGUGCUUUGUCAAACCUAGCAAAACGUGGAAAGCAGUAUUAUUGUUAACAUUUGUGUUGAUCCCGAUUGUGUACUAAUCAAGGAAUACCGUCACGGUGUUGCGGCGAGGAAAAGGGGUCAAAACUAUCGAUUAAUGCUAUACUUGAA